UUUGACAAUUUGCUGCAUCGUGAAUAAGGCAGAAGUAGAGUAGAAGUUCGUAUUCUAACAAGAGAACGACACUCAAUGACGUCACAACGUGACCUCCCUAAACUACUUGUACACAGAGUAACGUGAACGACAGAGAAUCGGAUUCAAUAAAAUGUACACGUUUAUUCCUGUCGCUUUCGCUCGCGCACGCCUUGUAAUCUAACGCGCUCUGUUGCUAUUUGGGUUUCGUAUUUUUUCAACUCUCUGUAUCCGCGAGUAGUCUGUGUGUUUUGUUCGGUUGCCAUUCGUUAACUCUGUCGGAGUACUUCGGGUCUACCGUUUUCUUUCUUCUAUCUCUUUCUCUCUGCCAGUACCAUUUCGACCGUGCUUAUGAGCAGUCGUUUCGCCGUUCGUUAUCAGUCUUCUCUUCUCUUCUUCUUCUGCACUUCAAUUUGUUAAUAGUGGCUCGUCGAUUUUUUAAUAUAAAUACUAAAGAAAUGAAAAACAAUGCAAUUAGUCGUUGAAUGUCAAUCUCCAGAUAUAAAGGCAGACAUGUCAGCCCUUGAAGAUAUACUUGAUACAAAAUUGUCAUCGAAUACAUUUAUUGAAGAUCUCAAGACCAACAAGAGCCAUCAAGGUAAUAAAGAAAAUAUUUUUGAAGAUAAUUGCGCUGUUGUUAAUGGUAAAGCGAGUAUACCGGAUACAAUUGAUGCGAGUGCAAAUACAAAUUGCAUAGUACCUCACGAUGAAUUAGAAAAUUCAGAUUUAGACGAGAAACUGACAGAAAAUGACACUGAAGUAUCAAAAGGUAAUCAUACUAGUGAUCUGUUGCUGGAAUCGGAUCAAGCCCAAGAAAUUGAACAAAAAAACGACAAAGAUUCAGCUGAAACACAUAAAUGCAAUUCGGACGAUAUUAUUUUAUUAAACAAGAAUCCCGAAAUCAAAGUUAGUAGUGAAUUUUCGAUCGGUCCUAAAGUCUCUGCUGAAGAAGAUAUAAAAAUAUCUCAAAAUGCUCCCGAUCCUGUUGAACGAAUAGAUGACAAAGAUGAGUGUCAGCAACAAGAAAAUCCCGAAAAGGUACACAAAGGGUCGAAUAUAGAACUUAAUAAAUCUGUUUCUGAUCAUAUUCAAAGUAUUAAUGAAUAUAGCGAAAUUGCUGUACCUAUCAAGAAAGAUGAGGUAUUAACUAUGGAAGUGGUCGAUCAUGAUUCCACUAAUAUUGUAAUAAACAGUGCAGAUACUGUUGUUAUUGUUCAAGACGAUGUAAAAGACAAAUCAGAAUCAACGGCUCAAAAUACUACCGAUUCUUGUGACGGAAUAGACAACAAAGAAGAUAACAGCAAAAAAACCCCUGAUAAGGUAUGCAGCGAUUCUGAUAAUGAAAACACCAUUGAGAAGCGCGAAAAGAUGGAAGAAGAAGAAAAUAUAACUUUAGAGGUAAUCGAUGUAGAUAAAGAUGAAAAAAACGCUAUAGAUACUGUUGAUCUUCAAAACGAAUUAUGUAAAGAAACACAGUCGAGUAAUGCAGUAUUUUGCAGUGAAACUGAAAUACAACCUGUUGAGAUUCCCAUCGUAUCACAAAACGCAAACAGCUUCAGCUCUCCAAAUCAGGCAAUGGAAGUCGACACUUCACCAGCACUGAAACCUCCGGAAACUUCGAUUUCAAAUGUACAUAUUGUGGAUCUAGAUGAAGUUACGGAUAGCACAACCAACAGUCAAACAGCAGAUAAAUCUGAAGCUUUAGCUGAAAUACAAAAAGAGCCGGUAAAAAAGGUUUGCAGACUCUCGAAUACGCUAGAUAUACUCUCAGAUGAAGAAGAUGAAUUAGCCAAUACAAAAAAUACACCUGAAGUAGUAAUAAAUGAGAAACCUGUAGAAAAACAUUGUAUUAAUAUAGAAGAUGAUGAUGAUAUAAUGGUUAUAGAAGAUACCAAAGAAGCAAACAGGGAAAUGUUGACAAACAAAUCUGACACAACAGCUGAUGGAACAAAAGAAAUAACUGUAGAAGUUACCGUUGAAAACGGAGAGCAGAAAUCAAAUUUUAUGGAGUCAAUUGAGUUGUCGUGCAACAAAGUCACAAAAGGCGAUGAUUCCGAACAUUCCAAACCAGACGAAACCCUCAAAGUUAAAAGUCCCGAAAAGCUAUUCAAAGGUCCCGAUGAAACAAAACUAGAAAAAAUCACAGAUAAACCUUUAGUACCCACAGAUUUCCUAAAAACAUCCAAGAAAACUUUGGCCAGCAUGACUAGAGAGGAGCUCGAGGAAUUUUGUAUUUUAAAAAUAGUGGAAAGUGUCGUUGAUAGAAUUAAUCUCGCAGACACGCAAUCUAAUCUGAAAACAUUAGCACAAAGUCUGGAUGACUAUGAGAAGAAGACUAAAAUGCUUGCAAAGCAAAACAGAGAUCUCCAGGUCGUCCUAAAGUCUAUCCAAGAAGAACAAAAGAAGACCUUCAGUAACUCAAAACCAAUAACUCCAUUGAAAAUUACAAGAUCCGUGGGAAUGCAAGUGUUGAUGACAGAUAAAUCAUCGCUCAUGUUGCGAAAAAAAGUACCGCAAGCACCCAGCGCAGUUCCACCAUUGAGCAUAAUAAAAACAAGGAAUCAGAAUAAUCAAAGUCCUCAAAGGAGUCAAGCUUCAUCAAAAGCUCCAACGAAUAACGAAAAUAUUCCAGUUCCAAGGUUGAUACCGGCGAGCAACAAUACAGCGAAGAACAAUCCUAAACCAACUAGUCCCCCGAGUUCCAGUAAAGCCUCCGUUAGUCCUAUGAACGGCUUACGCAGCAAUACCGCCCAGAAAAUCCCCGAAAAACGAACACUAUCUAAAGAUACGUCCGUAACGGUAGACCUGACUGAUGACGAGCCACCCAAUAAGGUUGUCGCUCGUAAUCCACAACCGCCUGUACGCCUUGUUUCACCGCAAACUCUCAUGGGCCCGCAAAGAUCACAUUUUGGUCAGGGGAUAGCCAAUAGCCAUCGGAAAGUGUUCAUUCCCAUUAGUGGUCCUGGUCCGAACGGUCAAGCGAGGAGUACUCAAGCUGUUCUGAUUAAACCACACCCGCCCGGUAUGCAAAGACCUAGAACCGCGGCACCUAAUAUCGGCAGGGCUCAAAAUCAAAUUAAAACGAACAAACCUAAUCAGGUGCACAGGCACCCGGCACCCAUGCCCGAGAUUAUGAAGCAGUACCAUCCACCUAACUGGAAAGCGCUCCCGCCCGCACCCGAUUUGAAACUUUCCAAAGUAGAAAACGGUAUAGUGAUAUCCUGGAAAAUCAAUGGAUACCAGGAAGAUAGUUACGAAGAAAUAGCCAGCUAUCAACUGUACGCUUACCAAGAGACGUCGGCGCCGCCUAGCACCGCCUUGUGGAAAAAAAUUGGCGACGUGAAGGCUCUGCCUCUGCCCAUGGCGUGCACUCUCACGCAGUUCACGGCAGGCUACAGCUAUUAUUUCGCGGUUAGGGCAGUAGACGUAAAAUCCCGCCUCGGACCCUUCAGCGAACCCGGAAGCAUAUUACUACCCAACAAAAUUUAAAGACUGACUUAACGUGCUAUGCUCAAUGGCAUAAAUAAUAAUAAUGGUGAAACUCGAACCAAUGUGAUUCUUUCUCUUUUAAGUUGCUAUUUAUUGUAUAUUGUAUGUUAAAGUUAUUAUAAUUUUGUGCUGUUGUAAAUUGUGAGUUGUAGGUAUUAUUAUUAGUAUAGGUAAAAUUUAUAAUUCUUAUCUCUUAUUAAUGCACCGAUAUGUGUAGGAGGUUAUAAAAAUUGCGUGCGUGUUUCAAUUCUGUAAAGGCUUCCAAAAUCGCGAAUCUAACGAUACGUUUUUAUAAUAUCUCUCGAUCUGUGGUGUAUUUGAUAUGAAGAAUAAAAUUCUGACACUUAAAUGCGUCCAGUGUAUGGCAGUGAAAUAAGAAUCCCUAAUAUUGCAUUGAAUCCCUAAUAUGCAUUGACUACUAUUUAAUGCAAAUUCACGAAGAAAAAAAGAAUUAAACAUGAAAAACAUUCUACAUUUUUGACGUUUAGAAAAUACUUUGAUGCAGCCGUUGCAGGUAAGGGUUAAGCAUGUGUAACUAGAUAAUGUUUAACGAUUCCUUAUAAUUAAAAUUCAAAUCCUGUUAUCGCGCGUACCAUGUGGAAACUGUAAAAUAAAUUUACCCAAAACAUUCAAGUGUUAUUACGAUAUUGAAAACAUUUUCAAAAACAAAUUUUGUUUUAUUUUCCAUGAUUCAGCAUAAUAAGCAUUAUUACAUUAUUACAUCGUUAAAUUAGAAAUAACAGCAAUAAAUACUGUCGAAUAGUGUACUUUUUACUUUUAAUUGUUGUGAUUAAUUAUUUAAUGACAUUCAUUCAGU